CAUAUCACACACAUACAGUCCAAACAAAGCAGAACACUGCAUUCUGAGAGGCCAGAAAAAUAGGAUGAAGAUAGGUAGUUUGUUCAAAGCAGCCGUAGGAGAUGCAAUUUUGACUUCCAUGUUCGUUUUCAUUGGCCCAAUCAUGCGUGUUUUCACAUCCAUCAUAGCUUCAUUUCUUGGUUUCCAAGCUAGGUCCUUGGUAGGCCGUUUCAUCACCACCAUACAUGCCACAGUUCUGGUCCUGAUAUUCAGCACGAUUGGCAAGCUCUUGGGUGGUGCCAGCUUCAAUCCCUCCACCACUGUCAGUUUGUACGCCGCCGGCCUCAACCCGGGAACUUCCCUGAUCUCAAUGGCGGUCCAGUUCCCGGCUCAGGCGGCUGGCGGAGCAGGUGGCGCCAAGGCCAUCCUGCAAGUGAUGCCUAAAAAGUAUGAACAUUUUGUCAAAGGGCCUUCUCUGAAAGUGGAUGUGAAAAGUGGUGCUAUUGCUGAAGGGUUGUUCACUUUUUCCCUUUGCUUUUCUCUGCUUUGGGUUAUGCUUAGGGGUCCUAAGAAUCUUUUUCUGCAAAUAUGGUUGGUUAAAGUGGCUACUGUGGGAUUAGCUAUUGUGGGAAGUGGGUACACAGGACCUUCUAUGAACCCUGCUAAUGCUUUUGGCUGGGCUUAUGUUGAUAACUGGCACAAUACUUGGGAGCUGUUCUUUGUUUAUUGGGUUGGUCCUUUAAUUGGAGCAGCUUUGGCUGCUUGGGUCUUCAAGAUUUUGUUUCCUCCACCAGAAACAAAGACAAAGGAGAAGAAAGCCUGAAAGGAGUUUGAAUAUGUAAUUUAAUAGCAGAUAUAUGAAUCUCUGAUUUCUGUAUAUGAAUGUUGUGCAUUCAAUUAAGGAAAUGAAUGUUUUAGAUCAAAAUUAGAUGCCCUUUGUUCCAGUUCUCAUUGCCUUGCUGCAGUAUUGGGAACAGACUUUAGCUUGUAAAAAAAGUUUGGUUUUUUAUGCAAUUGCAGAUGUAGAACUCAUCUUAAUUGAAGGGGAUGAAGAAACUAUCUAAGUUAUGUAAAAGGAUGAUCAGGGAAGAAGAGGAAUCUGGUUCCUUCAA